AUGGCUAGAACGCUUCGCUGCCAGAGCGGAUGGGACCGAAUGGCCAUGGUCCUGAUCCUGGCCACGUUUGCCGCCGGCAGCACGCAUACAUUGCCGGCCCUGGACCAGCUCAUUGGCGCGAAUUACCGCGCCCUCCACAGUCGACAGGUCUUGGCAACCAUCCCAGAAACGUCGGGCAUCAUGCUCAUCAGUGAGUGCGGCUACGACCCGCUGGCCAGCUGCACCCCCACGGGACUGACGGCGCGCCGUGAUCUUGAGGAUCCAAGACUUAGCGUCACCCAGGCAGACAUUGUGCUGCGCACGGCAAGCUACAUCAUUUGGCUGAGCACAAAGAUCAAUGGCAAUGCCUCUUGCUUUCAGCCUAGCUCGUCCAAUUUGACGGCACUCCCACCCUUCCCAGCCCCCGACUCUACCCUUCGCGCAGCGGCGGCCUCGGACGCGUAUCUGGUGGCCACCGUCGGGCACUGCCCUGACGUUCAAUGCCAGGUGGACGUCAUCUUCUUGCCCAUGGCUACCCUUGACACCUGGAUUGUUUUAAACGAGGAUAAAGAUGAGCUCUUUGGCCUACAACUAGCCCUGGCCUCGACCUAUCUCACAAACAUCUCCGGCACCUCCGCUGCCAGCGAGACGAGGCUCUUUACAACAACCCUUGCCCACCUCGGUCAUGAUCAAGGGCCAGAGUACCUGAUAACCCAAAUCCUAUUUCGUGCCGAUCUCUCUGCAUCUCCAGCCCGCACCCAAAUGGCGGGUGUGCUCUAUGUCAAUGCCAGCUGGUCUGGCCUACCCUUUGCCCUGCUGCCGCAAGGUGCACUGGUCCUCAAUAAAAAUUCACAAUGGCAAAUUCUCCAUGCCGCGCAACCCUGGGAUGCUGGAAACCCUCUGCUAGACUCUUCCGUGCAACCCGUCGCCAACGAUAUCUGGGUCGUCUUUUAUCGCGCCUCAGCCUCCCUCGGCGAGCGGAUCUGGAUUUAUACUGCCUCGAAUCAGUCCUUGGUGGCCACCAUCACCACCACAGAAGCACUCGAGGUCGUCUUGGUGGGCGACUUGCUGCAGCUCAAUUUUUCAGACCACGGUUGUGGCUACCUCUACUACCUGAGCAUCCCACAGAUGGGCUACAACAGAUAUCGCAUGACGCUAUCUGCGUGCCAAGUCAGCAUUUCUUGGCUGCCUGAGCCCAUCACCACGACCCCUGCUACGUCAACGCCAACUACCGUCCCGACUACCGCUCCGAACAGCACCACCACCACCACUUCCACUACCAUUACCACCACCCCCCGCACGGUGUCAAGUGUUUCCACGACGACAAUGGUUUCAUCCACCCACACCACUCGCUCCAUGCGGCCCACCACCACCACCACCACCACAGCCACAGCCAGCCCUUGGACUUCAACGGCCUCUACAACCAAGCCAUCGCGGGCGACCAAAGGGCUUGAUACCAACACCACGAUUAUUAUCGUCAUCUCCAUCUCAGUCGCUGCCGUGCUCUUGGCGGUCAUUCUGACUUUGCGUUGGCGCCGAGACCGCUGGCAAAAGCUGCGCCACUUCUUCGCUGAUUCACAAGAGGAUGAGAAUGACCACUUGUUGCACAAGGCUGAGCUGGCUGCUGAUGCCGGACAAGAUGAAGAAAUCGCCGAGACCGUCAAGCAUCCUAACGACGAAAUUCUGGCCGAGCUUGAUGCCGACCUGGCCUCGAUUACAACCUCAUUAUCUCCAUCGACAAGUCAUCCCGGGAGUCCGGCUGCCAACGAUUGGCUGCAACAAUGCAUGGAACAUGGAGCGGUGGAUGCCGUGAACGAGGAAGGCGACCCCUGUGUCAUUGUGGCCGUGCAGCAUAACAAUAUCCAAGCUCUGCAGUGGCUUGUGGAGCACAAUGCCAACUUGCUACAGACAGAUCGAUUGGGCCGCAACGUUGUUACUGCCGCCUGCGUGCACGACAACUACAAGGCACUCAAGCUCUUGUUGGACGCCGAGCUGUGCAUUGUGGGCGAUGGCUUUCUGAUGCGGAUGUUUGGGUGCCUCUGCCACAGUGGGCGGCGCGAUGUUGUAUGGGAUCCCUUCCAGUUGCUCUGCCAGAUGCCGGACCUGCGCUCUCUCUUACACGUGUUGGUGACUGAACAGCGGGCCGAUUUGAUGCGAGCAUUGCAGCACUUGAACAGCGAUUUUUUGCCACUGUGCUUGUUUCAUCGUGCCGACGACGGCGUCACGCCGUGGGAUCUGGCAAUGGCGUCUCAUGCCAGCGAAGUGGUGAUGGCAGCCGAGCGGUACAAGGAAGCGUUGCAGCGACACAACGAAACGGAGGCGCAAAUGGUUCACUUUGCCGCCCGGCUGGAUCCUAUGCAGAUUAAGCGAGUUCGACGUGCCUACGUGAUGCGCUAUGUGCGAGCCCGACGUCUGGGCCGACUCUACGCAGCACGUUGCUUUGAUGACGACGCGUGA